AUUUCUGCGUGGUCUUCUGUAACGCUGCGCUUCUGGUGAUUACAACACAGCACCAAAAAGCCCUCUGGUCUCUUUAUUUCAAGGGCUCUUGGAAAACGUCACUUGUCGUCUCCUCUCGGAUGAAGAGCAUUAUGGAAAACAAACAAACAGUCGUUGGCCAGCGCGAAGAUGCCUUGUAACCCGAGCCGGAUAAGAGCGCGAGAGCGCAGGGACGUGCUGGGGCGCGCGGAGUUCCUCUCCCUCCAUCAGUCGCAGCGUAAUGGCGGCGCGGCGAGGAGAGCGAGCCACAUCAAACCCCAUCAGCAGCAUGAGCACGUGCUGCAGGCACCAAGUGAAGGCGUGAAGGAGCGCACAGAGACGCCGAGGUGGCCGGAGGAUGACUGCAUGCGGCUGAACCCGUCCCUACGGGGCAUCGCGGUCAGCUCACUCUUGGCCAUUGACAUCCACCUGUCCAAGCGCCUCGGUGUGUGCGCGCACGCAUCGUCCUCGUGUGGUAGCGUGCGGACCGUCGUCACACUACUCGCUCUCACCGGACACGGGCUCACGUGGAUCGGCGGCACGCUGGUGUGUCUGACACGCAGCAGCACCCAGGCUGGACAGGAAGUGCUGAUCAACCUGCUGCUGGCCCUGGUCCUUGACAUCCUGAUGGUCGCCGGACUGCAGAAGCUAGUGAAGCGCAGAGGACCAUGGGAAAUGAACCCAGGCUUCCUGGACUGUGUGGCGAUGGACGAGUACUCUUUCCCCGCGGCUCAUGCCAGCAGGGCGACGAUGGUGUCCCGGUUCCUGCUGUCUCACCUGGUCCUGGCAGUGCCCCUGCGGGUUCUGUUAGUUCUGUGGGCCUUUCUGGUUGGACUCUCCCGGGUUCUGCUCGGGCAGCACCACGUAACCGAUAUGGCGUGCGGAUUUGCCCUCGGUUCUCUUCACUACAUCCUGGUGGAGACGAUGUGGCUGCCGUCAAGUGCCUGCCAGACGCUGCUGUCUAUAGGGACACUCAGCUGGGGCCACUUCUACUAGUGCACACACACACACACACCACACACCACACACACACACACACACACACCACACACACACACACACACACACACACACACACACACACAAGCAUUUAGCUUUUAGUGAUACAUGUGAAAUAACACCAAAUUAUAACAUCAAACUUAGUUGUUUUUGGUGUUUGAUUUUUGCGUCUUUUACUUCUUAAAGUUAACUUAGACUUUUCUUUAAAUGUUUCUAAAUGUUUUGAUUCUGACCCUGAUGCUGACCCUUUAGCCGCAAAUCAGACUGAAGAAUCCAUCAUGUAUUUUAGGAUUUGAGUAAAACUUAGCUAAAAUGUCAUCCACUCGUUAUAAUGGGUUAAGAGCAGGAGUGUGAUUCGGAUCAUUUACACCUUUCAGUUGCUGGGAUUCUUUUUUAUGACACAGUUGUCGGGACACUGAAAGCCGACGUGCUGCACAAACAGAUGCUGUAAACCCAUUCAUUAGCUGAACAAAAUUAGCUUGCUAAACUGUCUAUUAUAUUUUUCAUCCCAUAAACAGAACAUCUGUCGCCUUGGAAACGUGUCGGAAUUGAUAGUUUGUAAAAACAAUCGUGCUGUGAGGGAGAGUUUAAUUAGCACAAAAAUGUCCACCUCCAUAAAUAAUCUGUGUGUGAGUGUGAGUGUGUGUGUGUGUGUGUGUGUGUGUGUGUGUGUAUGUGUGUGUGUGCGUGUGUGUGUUCUGGCACUUUGUUAGCUACUAUUACUAGCUUUACAAUUUUUGUUUCAUCUUCACAAAAUGUCUUCCUGAAACCUAACAAUGACAAUUAUCAAUAAAAGUUGUGUUUUUUUUUUUUAUGUCCAAUAUGUCCACAACAUAUCAAUCAAUUCUCAGGAGGUGGGGCCUAAUUUACUUAGUCAGUUGUCACUCAUAAUUAGAUAAAUGUUGUAACUGUAAAUGGAUUUUUGAUGCAGAACUUUUACUAAAAAAAAAAAAAAAAAACAUGGCCACUGUCAGCCAAUCAGCUUUCAGCAGCAUUUGUCAUUGUAUUGAAUAACUGUUCAUCUACCAUCUGUUUCGUGUUUUCUAUAAAAUGGCAAGAUCUGAACACUUGAGUUCUUUAACUGAACACUUUAGAGUUUGAGUUCUGAACACUUUAAUCUAAUUUAUUAAUGUAUCAUCAUUAUUUCAUUAUUAUUACACAGUUUCUGCCUUUUUAUGUUUUUGUUGUGUAACUAAUGUGCAGCAGUAUCUUUAGGAGUAACUUUAUUGUGCAUUUAUUUUACUAUUUAUUAUAAAUAAUUUAGAGUAUAUUGUAAAUUGCUGUCCUUAUUUAAACAAGUGCACAAGUCUUUAUUAGUUAUUUUUAUUAUUAUUUGUUUAUUAAUAUAACGCUCUGAUUUUACAUUU